AUGGGAUCUUUUUCACCUUCGCCAUGUCCGCAGGGAUCCUGCUGGUGGGCCUGCUCACAGGCUCAUUGCAACAGGAGCCUCUGGAUUUUGAGCCGCUGGCAGCUCUGGGUGGCGUGCUCUUCACUGUGGGCAACCUCCUUUGCCCAGCAGCACCUCACUUGCGCUAGCUCGGAGAGUGGAGGGUUCGUUGUAGUGUCAGUCAGGGCCAGUUGUAGAGCUGCCUUCGCUUUUAUGGCUGAUGGCCUGGCCUGCAUUCAGAACGGAGGUUGGCAGAUGAUUCUAACGAAGUUUUGUCAGGAUGCAGCUUAG